AUGGCUGAUUCAAAAACUCUUUACAAAAACGGUGUUUGGGUCUGGGACGAUUACUCAAAUGGAAUCGUCUUCAUAUCGAAAGACCUCGCUCACCGAUUGCCAUCGAAAAGCAGCAGAUGUUCUGCCGCGGCAGUAUCAUACUCGGGAAAAAAGCAAAACGAUUUUGAGAUGCAGACAAUGGAAACAGUAGACAUUUACGCACAAGCGAAAUUCCGCAAACUCUAUCAGAGAAGAGUGAACGCAGAAGAACCCUCAGUAGUUACCCUCCAAGAUGUGAAGGAUGUUGCGAUAUUUACAACAAAAGUUGAAGAUCUGACAUUUAAAUUUAUAUCUUACUUUCACACUGUCGCUGUAGAUUGUUUCUUGAGAUCGUUGAUUAUUUACUUCCAAUAUUAUUUCCAGGUUUGGAAUAAACUCCAGGCGAAGAGGAUCGAGUCAUCGCGAAAGCUACGACAACCAACAGUUGUCGAAUUGGAAAACGAAAUCAGAGACAAUAUGUCAGAUUUGCGAGCUAUGGUCGCGAGAGAUUACGCCGCCAUUUUGUUGGGACUCGGAGAUGCGAAUGCUUUUCAUCACAUGAGUAAUCAAGAAAACAUUUCGCUUGCCGAACAAGACAGAACGCUAUUUGAAAUGUUCAUUCCUAUGGCUACCAAGGUUGUGUGGAUAGCACUGUUCAGGAAAAACUUAACACUCGUCGAAAAAGAGCUCAAUAGGAUGCUCAGAACAAAUUGGUUCAAUCCAGUUCAAAAUGUUUCAACCCAACACUUCACACCAACAACACAAGAAGAAAGAAUACUCACAGGUGUUACUUUGACAAGCAAAAAGAAACUACUACAUCGGUCACCCGCUAUACAGGAACUCACUUUGGUAGACCACGACUACAGGAUGCUCUCCAUUGGGAUUAAAGACGUGGAACCAAUCAUACCUGAAAAUGAUGAAAGAACGAGAUAUCUAGAAAUCGCUUAUACGGCACCUGAAGAGCUUCUCGUGGAUCUCAAUGUAGGAGUCGGUGUGUUAGGAGUCGAGAGAAGGUACUUAGAUUCUAUGUUAAAGCCGAGAGAGAUAUCGACCACUGUAAAGAGAACCAGCAUUAUGAGGGUAGCUGAUUUCAAUAUGCCCCCGCGAUCGAGGAAGUUAGCAGGUGUUGCCAGUUUGUCGCGAAAUCAGCCUAAGUAUCAAGAGACUAAAUGUUCACACGAUGCCAGAUCUACUCAAUGUAAGAUGUGGAUAAAAUACCUAAAGGCGUCUGCCGCAGGCCUCAAAUCGGAAGUAACUACUAUAACGUCAUUUCUAACUGCAAAGACGCCCACUAUAGCUUCGAAAUCAUCCAAACAGAUUGUCAGGCCAUGA